AGUCUUGCUAGAUGUUAUACGCUCCGGUACAGUAGGUGGCAGUAUGGAGCCCAGCUUUAUGGAGUGAGGGGCUAAUGAAAAAAGGGAGGAAGACUUCACAAUAAUAUUUACAUGUACCAACUGUGAGGCAUCUUUACCUAAUGCUAUUGUUGAAGAGCUGAGAGGUGUUUUUCCAUCAUGGAGGCUGUCGGGGACUUCCUCAAUGUAUUUCACAUUCAGGCCAGUGGAUUGUCUAUGACGCUCAGCCUCUUCCUCAUCUUUCUUGGUCUUCUCUACUGGUAUUCAAUUUGCCCGUUUUCAGUCCUUUCGCGAUGUGGCAUCAAACAUCCAAAGCCAGUACCUUUCUUUGGCAACAUAUUCAUGUUUCGCCAGGGUUUUAUGAACCCGCUCGCCGAUCUCAUAAGGACACAUGGCAGAGUUUGUGGGUACUAUUUGGGGCGCAGACCGGUGGUGGUGGUAGCGGACCCUGACAUACUCAGACAGGUGAUGGUCAGAGACUUCAGCAGUUUCCCAAACAGAAUGACAAUUCGCUUUGCCUCCAAGCCCAUGACUGACUGUCUGCUCAUGUUGAGGAAUGAACGCUGGAAGAGAGUGCGGAGCAUCCUGACCCCAUCCUUCAGUGCUGCCAAGAUGAAAGAGAUGGUUCCACUCAUCAACACGGCCACCGGUGCCCUGAUGAACAACUUGGAUGUGUAUGCUGAGUCAGGAGAGGCCUUUGACAUCCACAGAUGUUUUGGCUGCUUCACCAUGGAUGUUAUUGCCAGUGUGGCAUUUGGAACUCAGGUGGACUCUCAGAACAACCCAGAUGACCCUUUUGUCCGCCACGCCCAGAUGUUCUUCUCCUUUUCUUUCUUCAGACCCAUCAUGCUGUUUUUCAUUGCUUUUCCCUUCAUCAUGGCUCCUUUGGCGGGACUCAUCCCCAACAAAAGACGAGACCAGAUGAAUCAGUUCUUUAUCAACAGCAUUCAGAGGAUCAUUAAGCAGAGAGAUGAGCAGCCUCCUGAACAGAGGCGUCGAGACUUCCUUCAGCUGAUGUUGGACGCUCGAAUCAGCAAAGAGUCUGUGUCUUUAGAACACUUUGAUACAGCAAACCGCACUGAUGAGCUCGAUCACAGGAACCAGCAAACACAGCCAUCAACCUCAGAUCAGGACAAUAACCCUCUUCACCCACAGGAGCCACAGACUAGGCGUCCUCAGAAAAAGAUGAUGACUGAGGAUGAGAUCGUGGGUCAGGCUUUUGUCUUCCUCCUGGCAGGCUACGAAACGAGCAGCAACACAUUGGCCUUCACCUGCUACCUCCUGGCCAUCCACCCUGAAUGUCAACACAAAGUACAGGAAGAGGUGGAUGAGUUCUAUACUAGAUAUGAUUCACCAGAUUACACAAAUGUUCAGGAGCUGAAGUAUUUGGACAUGGUUAUAUGUGAAGCACUGCGCCUCUACCCUCCUGGAUUCAGGUUUGCACGAGAUAUCGACCAUGACUGUGUGGUGAACGGCCAGGUCCUCCCUAAAGGAGCGACACUGGAGAUCCCAGCAGGCUUCCUUCAUUACGACCCAGAACACUGGCCAGAGCCUGAGAGGUUCAUCCCUGAGAGAUUCACACCAGAGGCCAAGGCCAGUCGACAUCCAUUUGUAUACCUGCCAUUUGGUGCCGGUCCCCGUAACUGUGUGGGAAUGAGACUUGCUCAGCUGGAGAUCAAAAUGGCUUUGGUCCGUCUGUUUCACAAGUACAGCAUUGUGGCCUGCUCUGAGACAAAGGUUCCUCUUGAGUUGAAAUCAUCAAGCACUUUAGGACCUAAAAAUGGCAUAUUUGUGAAAAUCACAAGAAGAAGCAUGUGAAGAGCUCAGUUGAAUUCUCCACCAGAUGAUUUGAAACACACCAUUCAUGUUCUUGGAUUCUGUGAAAAAUACAAACCGUCCUGUAGGUCCAUGUUUUGUGACUGUGACACACAGUGCGUGAACCAUUUUCUGGAUCUGUAAUUCCAUUUAAAGCUAAAUAUUUCCACAGAUUUCCUUAGUUACAGUGCACUGCAUACCUCAAUCAUUGUUCUCAUCUUGUGCCUUUUUCUUCUUGAGGGGUGAGCUGGUACGUGGCCUAUUGCUAUGCUGUAAUGAUAAAUGACACAGGUGCAAAAGUGUCAGGUGCUGUGGAGCACACAGUUGAGGUCCCUCAGAACUCCCUUCUGAUGGCUUCAUCAGUUGUUAUGGUGAUGAAAAAAUAAGGAUGACAGAGGGAGCUGGAGGUGAGAAGAAAGACAAGAGCAAACAAAAGAACAGAAUUUUGCUCUACUUUAAAGAGAGCAACUCUCAGCCGAUUACCUCAGUGUAUAGCAAUACUGAAUAUUUUGCAGUGAUUUUGAACAGGCCAUAACAGUACUGUUAUAAAAGGUGUUUAUCUGCUCAAUUAAAAGCUGCUACUUUAGAGUUACACAAUUUCUUGGUGCAUAUUAGAUUUUACAUUUUAUCACUUUUCUCUGGAUGAUGUCAUUCAUUAUUCUUGAAAACACUUUACUGAAACUUAACUGUUUCUCAUGUUGGAAGCUAAAUCUUUUCUAGACUGAAUUUUAACCAAUGCUUGGAAAAGAUUUUGAGUUAAUGAAUUAAUGAAUUUUAGUCUUGCAUGUAUCCACUGAGAGAAUUACUGAUGAUGAAUUCAAAUGUUUCUGUGAAACACUGAAACGUGUAUAUUCCAGCGAAAAGGAUCAAAGGUGAUUAAAGGCAGAGGUCUGAAUGUCCCUGCUUGAAUGGUGUACAUUUAAAAUAGAUAGAUACUUUAUUUAUCCCCUAGGGGAAAUUCAUGAAGGGUCAAAUGCUAAUUGUGUGUAACUAAAUAUUCUAACAUAAUGAUGCACUGUGAAAAUAAAGGGGUUGAAUAAUUACAUA